GAAGAAAGUUGCCGAGCAUGGGGGUUCCCUUCUUAUUUAAGUGGCUUUCGAAUAAGUACCCGAAAAUAAUCAGGUGCUGUGCCCAUCUUGAUGCACCUAAAAUGGUUAUGAAUAACACCUCUGAGAAUGGUUUGCAUUUCGACAAUCUUUACCUCGAUAUGAAUAAUAUAAUUCAUCCCUGUACUCACCCAUCAGACAGAUUGCCUCCAAUCGGAGAGACCGCGCAGCAUACGGCUAUUUUUACAGCUAUAGAUGGACUUGUUAAACUUGUGAAGCCUCGUAAACUACUUUAUCUGGCUAUUGAUGGUGUCGCCCCUCGUGCGAAGAUAAGCCAACAACGGUCCAGGCGGUUUCUUAUGGUAAAGGAAACUAAACUUAUGAGAGAAAAUUCGACCGACUUGGAAAAAUUCCAUCAGUUUGCUAAUCAAAGUCUUGCUAUUCUACAACGCCGAGUGAGUGGUCCAACUAAUACUGGCCUUACUUUGAGCAUUGAAGAAACUAUUUCAAAUUCUUCAUCAGCUAACUUUGAUUUUGAUUCAAAUUGCAUCACACCUGGAACGAAAUUUAUGUCAAACCUUUCUGAUGCUUUGAAAUUUCACAUACAAAGUCGUCUAGAGUAUGAUAGUUUAUGGAAACACUUAGUGGUUAUACUUAGUGAUGCUAGUGUCCCCGGUGAAGGUGAACAUAAGAUAAUGGAAUAUAUCAGGAAAGAAAAACAGAACAGACCAAAUGACUUGCCCAUUGAAGCUUUCCCUAGAUUUUGA